AUGGAGCUUCUUCAUGAUAUUGCGUUGCAGAUACCAUGGCUCUUUUACCGAACAGAUCGAUGGUUUGAGGGGCUUGAGAGUUCUGCUUCCAACGAUUCCAACCGCCAAGAAAUCUCAGACUCCCCGAAUCACAAUCUAGAAACCGCUCUCUCGCUUUUAAAUGAUUACUGGGCGGUCUUUGAUCUAAUGGAAGAGUGGCAAAACAACUGGAAAGCUUCCGAACAAGGCCCCCUAUAUUGGCAUUCUGAUAUCCCAAUGCCCAGCAAAGUGAUCGACGUCGACUCAGUUUGCAUACCUACAUUCCCAGAUGACACAUACCAAGUCCGUUUCCAAAAUACCCAAAAGGCAGGACUUGCUGUUACCUUCUGGUCCUUUCGCCUGGAACUUCUCAUGGGAAUGAUCAAACUACAGCGAAGCUUAUCCGGCUCACAGGCUGAAUCAUUGGAACAGAACCUGGCCGUGGCGGAAGAAACAGCUUGUCUGAUUCUGCAAACCGCACCAUACCUUACAUGUUGUUUUGAGGGUGCAGUGGCUUCAAAGGCUCCGCUUCGAACUAUAAAGAGAUACUUUGAGCUGGGAGCUUUUAUGGACAAGUCAAAGGGGCUCAUUUCCUCAAAUGUAUAA